AUGCAUUUGGAGGUGAUCAAUGUGGUGAGGGGCUUGCUUGGCUUUGGAUCGAAGAGUAAGGUCAGCCAAGAUGUCAACACAAAAACAGACGACCAUGUAUACAUUCGAGGCAAUAUUAACGACCGUGGGCCAUGCCCAGCUUUGAAUGCUCUAUCCAAUCAAGGCUAUCUUCCUCGAGAUGGCAAGAAUAUCACAUUACCAGAAGUGGAGGCUAUAUUAAAGUCUACUCUGCACUUCGAUGCCCCUUUAGCCUCCUCCCUUGCACGCAGUCUAAAACCAAUUCUCAGAAAGGACGGUACUUUCGACCUAUUCGAUAUGAGAAAGCACGAUGUGAUUGAGCACGACGCAUCAAUCACUCGAUUUGAUUUCCGACAAGGCGACAACUACACUUUCCAACCCGCACUAUUUGAAGCUUUUCUAGCAGAUGCUGAUGGGGGACCCGUCACGAUCAAGUCGCUUGCGAAGACCUAUAUCCGAAGGAAGAAGGAGAGCAGAGCAGCUGGAUCUCCAAGGUUGCCACUGAACUUGUGGUUUGUGAACUUGCUUCAAACUGUUUCACUUCUGAAUACAGCCCAGACUGGUGUUACACUGCAAAAGGAUUUACUGGUGGAGUUCUAUACAGAAGAGAGAAUCUCGGAUGUGAUCCUGCAGAAUCAAAAGACUCGGACUCUGUUUGGCUUGGUUAGCAAGGCGUUGUCACUUCUUUUUUAUACUAUUUUUUUAUGA